CUCUCAUCGAUGGAAUAGGAAACACGUACGAGUUGACGUGGCAGAGCCUUUUCCAAACGAAAACAACGACACGAUCAUGGAAAGACUGAAAAAAACGCAACGAACGCUGCAGCUGAGAAAUUUGGAGAUUUUUUUUUAACUUUACCGAGUUUGUACCAGGUAAAUCAUGGCGGCCGCGUUGCGCCUGGUGGGAUCUCUAUGGGGCAAACUUCUAUUCUGUGGUCUUCUUAUUUCUUCGGUCGUCUACGCGUUUCUCGCCUGGACCAGGGUGGCGAAGGUGGGCCUCGGGCUCCCGCAAAACGACGUACCGUCCCUUCACCGUCUCUCCCUCGUUCACCCGACGGGAGGCGUCAGCCGGCCGGGCAACGUCUCUGGCGUGCACGUAGAGCACUUGCUGGAAAGGAUCCGGACCCUGGAGGCGCGACUGGAGGCCAAAGCGAGGAGGCAGACGACCAGUGACCAGACCGUCCACGGUCGGCAGCUGAACCACAGUAAUCGUCGGGUUUUUUACAAUGACCUGAAAACCUAUCCAUUCCAGGAGGAUCCACGUUACAAAGAAUCGACUUGUCCAAAGACGGUCUCCUCCAUAGCACAAUACUCGAAAUGGUUCAAGGAUCGCUACACACCCAAGAUCAAGACGUUUCUGGAUGAAGACGACAUCGCCCAUUUCACCGACAUCUCCAGGCACGACCUACCGUUUGGAUAUCGGCGACAGAGCAAAGACCUCCUCGAGAAGAUCCUGACACAUCCCAGCUUCACGAACGCACCGCUCUUCCCAGCCAGCACGCGGAAGCAAUGCCUCCGGUGUGCCGUGGUCGGCUGCGGUGGGAUUCUCAAAGAUUCUGGGGCCGGACAGGAGAUCGACAGCCACGACCACGUGUUCAGAUUAAACCACGCGGUGUCGGCUGGCAGGUUCGAGAGGGAUGUUGGUAAAAAAACCAGCUUUUACAUAUUCUUUCCAGAAUCUAUGAGCAUCAGAAGCCUUUUAGACAAGAAUGUAACAUUCAUCUACACAAUGUUCAAAAAGUAUGACAUGAACUACGCGGUUAAUAUGCUAAAUAGAGAAAAACCACCAGACUACAUUUAUGGCAGCGGUCAGAGAAUGACUCUCCAAACGCCCAACGUGGACCCUGCGAAACUUAAAAUCGUCCAUCCCGAUUUCUUCCGCUAUGUCUUUGCUGAAUAUCUGGACGCAGUCGCCUACAGACCAACCACAGGAGCAAUGGUGGUGUUUUUGGCCCUGCACAUCUGCGACGAGGUCACUAUCUACGGCUUCGGCUACGACCCUCGCUUCACGAUGCACUACUACGACACCACCUUCGUCAAACACACCGACAGCUCGACUGGCUCCCACGACGUCGACAACGAGCGCCACCUGUGGCAGAAACUACAUGACGAGGGCGUCAUCCGGAUGUUCAAGAGAGACCCGUAGAGCACACUAGUGUCUGGGGAUAUAUGGACCAUGUACUUUCCUAUGGGAAGACGGUUUUAAUGCCAGUCUUGAGAGGAGACUAGUCUUCACGCCUUGCAGAAUCUUCCCUGUUGAAAUGUCAGGCUUCCCUUUGGAAACAAUUCCUCCAGAGCCAUGAUAAUAGCCUUUACUCAUGUCGAAUUUCCCCAGGUUCUUCAAAAAAUUCCCCACCCGUAUACCUUGUCGCGUACCCCUCCCUCCUCGUGGAACAGAACAUGCUUUCCCGAUGAGCUGAGGUCGGCACUGUCUAUUACGGCCUUAGCUACCCACAAUGCACUGCAAGGUCUGCACUUCGCUAGAUUGUGAUGAAUUGGGCGGGGGAUACGUCAACUGAACCACAGACAGGAGUGUGUUCUUAAGACAAGCAAGGAAAAUGUGACUUCACUAUGAAGAUAGCACUUAAUAAUCAUCUGAAACGCAAGCACGUCUCUUGUUUGGUAGCAGAACCAUGUUCUAAUUAUCACUGGAUGGGGAGGGGGCAAAACCGUGACGAGGAAAAUUUGUAUUUCUGAAAUAUAACGUGUACAGAAGGA